AUGGGCGAAGCACUGCAUGUGCUCAUCGUGGGCGCAGGGGCCGUCGGCUGUUUCUACGCCUCCAAGCUGCAGCAGACGCACCAAGGCCGCUCGAUCCACGUCUCGCUCGUGUGUCGAUCCAACUACUCGGCCAUUGCGGCCAAUGGAGUCAGCCUGGAAACGCACUCGUUCGGCAACUACCACUUCACGCCGCACAGGGUGUUUCCGUCGAUCGGCGCAGCGGGGGAAGCGGGGAUCCGUUGGGAUUUCGUCGUGGUGACCACCAAGGCGCUACCGGAUGUGACGAACGAUGCGCACGAUCUCCGGCCCUUGGUCACACGCGGGGUGGGCGGGAGCUGCAUCGUGCUCAUCCAGAACGGCGUGGGGAUCGAGGAGGUUCACCGUGCCGAGUACAGCGAGAAUCCGAUCGUGAGUGCGGUGACGGUGAUCAGUGCCGAGCAGGUGCGCCACGGUGUCAUCCGACAGAACCGCUGGACGCGCAUCACCAUGGGCACCUACACCAACGGCCAAGCAAAGCCGAACUCGCUCAUCCGCGAUGCAGCACUCCUGGACAAGCUGACGACGACGACAGAUGCGCAUAUCCGAAGCCUCGUCGCAUGGUUCGGCGCCACGGGGAUCAAGGACGCCGAGUACGCCUCAGAGCUCGCACUGCAACAGACGCGCUGGCACAAACUCUGCAUCAACGCCUCCAUGAACCCCUCCUCGGUGCUUUCCGGCGGCACGACCAACUCGCGUAUGUCGCUGGACCCAGAACUGCGCAGACACCUGCACGCGUGUAUGGACGAGAUCUUCUCCACCGCCCCGCAGAUCCUCGGCAUCCCCUUCGACGACAAGAAACACGCCAGUCCAGAACGCAUCCUCAAGUCAACCGAGCGCAACACGGCAGGCAAACCAAGUAUGCUGCUCGACUGGCAAGCCGGCAGACCGAUGGAGCUUGAGGUCAUCCUAGGCAAUCCCAUCCGCAUCGCCAGGAGAAACGGCAUCGAAAUGCCCCGCUUGCAGACGCUCUAUGCUUUGCUCAAAAUGGCGCAGACGCGGAAACAGGAGGACGCCCAGCAAGCGGGCAAGGCAAAGCUCUGA